ACAUGUCCGAAAGAUGGCGUCUUUCAAGCGUUUUUAAAAAUCGUCUGCUAGCAAUGUUUAUUUGACUUCGAAUUUCAAUACUGUUUUUGCCUUUUUGAGCAUUAAAAGACUUACCCGUCUGGUGCUAGAGAGAAGAUGUCAAACUCUAUCGGCGCUGCUAAUGAUCCUCCGAAAGCGAACUACAAACUGAAAUAUAAACUUCUUAAACGCUGCAUCAAAGAAAUUGUCCUGGAAAAUGCUGCUCUAUGUGAUAGGGCUUCAGAAAUGCAACACCAAAUUCUUGUGGCUCAAGAAGAGAGAAAGUUUUUGUGGAAAAAAUAUACAGCAACUCAAGGAAACAAUUUCAUUGGAGAAGACAUGAUAUUGAAUACUGGAGCAGCAAGUCAACCAGUGACUGAACAAAAAAAAUCAACAAGGAGAACUCCAAUGCAGAAAAAUAAUUCCUCAAAACCACGUCAAACCCUUUCUUCAAGGGCAAAACAAAAAAGAAAAUUGGAUGAGACUUUGAGUAACGACACUGCUUCUUUAGCAAAUGGCUGAGUUGCAACAAUAAUAUUGAAUUGGAAAUUUCUGUGUCAAACAUUUAAUAAACUUAAAAUGCUAACAAGAGAA